AUGCGCCUGCACGCGCGGGGCGAGGAGCUGCUGCUGUUCGGCCCGCGCAUGGCGGCGGACAUCUCCAUGCUCGACCCCGCCACCCAGCACCUCGUCACCGCCGCGCGCGAGCGCAUCAGCAAGGCAGGGCGGGGCCAUUUUGAGGCGCCGGAGUGUGCAGGGAGCGGGGGCGAGGGCGAGUCGGACAUGUGGGUGGUGGGCGCGCUCGUCUUCUUCCUGCUCUCGGGGAGGCCGCCCUUCGCCGCCUCGUCUGAGGCUGGUGCUGCCGCCGCCCAUGGCGACGCAGCGGACAGUGCGGACGUGUGCUCGCCUCCGUGCCCCCCCAUGUCCGCCGCUGCCCGCCACUUCCUCUCGCGUCUGCUCUGCCGCCUCCCCGCCCAGCGAGCCACUCCCAACGAAGCCCUUUGCAACCCGUGGGUGGAGAGCAUGUGUGCGCAAGCACUUGACGAGGACCACCCUGUGGCGUCAGGUGCACAGCAAGGGGUGCCUUUGGGGGGCACGCGCGGAGGCACUUCUACAGGGCGCGCGCGUGGGGGUCGGCGGGCGCGGGUGUGCUUCAGGGAGGUAGAGGAGACGGAAGGGGGCAAGGAGGAAGAGGAAGGGCGGAGGGGAGGUGCUUCCAAGGCAGCGUAUGUGGAGGGAUGGCUGGCUGCUAGUGGGGUCAGGGGCGGGGACGAUGUGGAGGGGGGUGAGGGGGACGCGAGGAGUGGGAGCGAUGGUGGCGCGCAUGAGGGCGAGCACGACGGUAGGGGUGGGGGCGACGAUGCACAUGCCGCACAGGGCUUUGGCUCACCUACUGCUCGCUCAGAGGAGCGCACGUGGCAGGGUGGGGGAGGGAUUGGUGGCAUGGGCACUACACAAGGAGGCAGCGAUACAGGGCGGGGUAGGGACGGAGUGGGAGGGGGUGAAGUGGUGCGUGCAGCGCCGGAGGUGUCGUUUGUGCUGGACGAGUGUGACUUCUCCGCCAUGCUGGACCGCGACCAUGCCCCUGCCGUUGGCAACUUCGCCACCCUCCCUGCCCGCCUAUCACGCUCACGCGCUGAUGCCGCCAAUAUAGCAUCUGCCUCCUCCCCUCCGCUCCCCGGUCGCACCAUGCCUCCCCUGCCAUCCCUGUCCUCGGAUUCUCGUGCGCGCUCCAGUGCUCUCCCCCCGCGCCAUUCACCGGACUGCACGGGGGCAGGGGGCAGGAGGCAGCUGCUGCCGUCGGGCAGUCGCUCCAUGCCGCAUGACUCAUCGGGGCGGGCAGGGCGUGCGGGCAGCCCGGAGGUGUCGUCGGACUACGCAGCAGCGCUGGCCACGGCGUCACACAGGGUGGAGCGCCAGCUGCUCAGCACACUGCGCGCGCCUCGAGGCAGCAGGAGCAUGGUGCUCACCAGCACCGCGCCGCCUCCAGCUGCCAGUGCGGUGGAGGGCAGCGGGUGGCAGAGCGUGGACUUUUCAGAAAUGGUGGAGCCGGGGCCAGGUGGGGCGCGCAGCAGUGGGGGAGCGGGGGAGGCGGUGGACGUGGCGCAGCUGGUGCCGCUGGUGCAGGUGGGCGACCACACCGUUGACAACCUGCUGUGCGACUUUGACCACCUGAACGCCACCCCGCCGCGCCCCCACCCCGGCAGUGAUGCCGAGCCAUGGCCUGAUGGUGGCAGCAGCAGUGGGCGGCAGUGGAGUGCGCCCAGCAGUGACAGUGGCGACCUGGACCUGUCUGCCAUGGACCUCAAUGGGCCUGUGGACGUGGGGGGCGCAGGGGGGGUGCCCAGUGGGGAGGGGCCGCUGGGCACGGAGCAGAGCAUGAUUGUGGAUGCUCUGGGGCGGCGCCUGCUCAAGUCACCCAUGGCCAGCCCCCACCCGCGCAGGAAACACGGCCGCUCCUCCCAUGUCUUCUGCUGA